AUGACUACCGCCCACAGACCUACCUUUGAUCCCGCACGUGGCAAGGAGGCCCAGCGCGGCCCAGCCUUCCACACGCGCAUGCUCCCCGCCCACACACAGCUCAAGUUCCGUAAAGCAGGCCAGGGAGGCGCCGGCGACGGCGAAGACGAGCUCUCGCAGACCGACCUCGCCGCCGAGCUGCUGGCCGCCGAGGCCGUCCACUUUAACAAGAAGAACGGGGGAGCUCCCACCGCCGACGAGGACGACGAGGAUGCGGAGCACACUACUCUCGCCGGCCUGAAGCGGCCGCACCAGAUCGAGGGUAAAGAGGGCGAGGACGGCGAGGAAGACCUGGAAGCGAAGCGGCGGCGGAUCCUAGCGGAGACGCGGGAGAUGGACGCGGACGACGACGACGACAGCGCAGAGGACGAGGAUGACGAUAGUGAUGACAGCGACGACGACGAUGAGGAUGCGGAGCUGCAGAGGGAGCUGGAGCGGGUGAGGCGGGAGCGCGAGGAGAAGAAGCGCAAGGAGGAGGAGGCCCGGGCCAAGGAGGAGGAGGAGGCGAGGGAGCGGGACAUUGCGCUGGGGAACCCGCUGCUGAACAAGCAGGACUUCACGAUGAAGCGGCGGUGGGACGACGAUGUCGUCUUUAAGAACCAGGCUCGCGGGACGGAGGAUAAGGGCAAGAAGGAGUUUGUCAACGACAUGAUUCGCUCUGAUUUCCACCGAAGAUUCAUGAGUAAAUACGUUAGAUAG